GGGGUUGAGUGUAAUUUAACAUAAAUUAAAUUGAUCUUGAAAGCUAGGCUAGACACUGGUGUUAACCCAGACGACAGCGUGUGGUAGAGCUACUGAAAGAUAUCGCCACUCGCCGCCGCCGCCUGCAACGGUUGCUUCCGCCACCGUUAAGGUAUGUAUCAAAUUGACUCCUUCUCGUGGAUAUUUGGAGAUUGAUAAUGUUUCAAAGCUAGUUGGUCUUGAUCUUUGUUUCCUCGGUGAUGAAGAUACUAAGAGCCAAUGCUGGCGCACUUACCAAUUUCGAAGUGCUUGAUUUUUUACGAUCUAGAGGGGCUGCAAAGGAUUCUACACGGAUUAUUGUUUCUGUUGCACAAUCAGAAUUCAAAGUUUUUGAUUAUUUGGAGCAGAGCGCUGCUUGCAAUCAGACGAGAGAGAGAAUUACAGAAUUUCUGGAAAAAUGUAAAAAGUACAACCUAGCGAAAGCCGAGAUUCUCAACAUCGUCAACAUUAGACCCUCUUCUGUGGUUGAAAUCGACCCGAUUAUAGAGGAAUGUGAAUCGCGUUUGGGAGAUAGUGUUGAAGAACUGGUAGAGUUGGUGGCAGAGGUAUUGCCCGCUCCUCCAACACAAACGGAGUCUGACAAUGCUGGUGUUGAGGACAAACAAGAAAUUCCAGAUGGGCAACAAAUGGACACCAGUUGACACCAUAUUGCUUGGUUGAACUAGAAACUUGUUACAAAAACCUAGAAGGGAUCACGUGAGUUGGUAGAAACUGAUGAAAAUGAACUGUUAACACGAACGAUGUCGACUUUCCUAGUCAGUAUAAAGUGUUGCUUACCUUAGAUGAUAUGCUUGGAAACACAUUUACAAGUAACACUUUUGAAAUCUACAUGGGAUUGGUUGAACCUUCUUGUUUGCUUCUGUCGGCUUCAUGUGCUUUAUUUCCAUUUUAUGUAACCAUUAUUCACAUACAAGUCUGUAUCAUUAUGUCCUUCAUGUGCUUUAUUGCUAGUAGUUCAAAUUAAUCAAGAAGCUUUAGAGCCUUUAUGGGUUUUUUUUCA